AAUGAUAGGCUGCUUAGCACUCCCCAAACUUCGCUUUUAAUCUUCAAAUCCGUUUGCCAUUGUAAGGGUCACUGAGGCUAAUGUUGCUGUGAGGGCUGCUCCUUUGUCGAUGUACAUCUUACGGACGGAAAUCAGAACUAAAGAGAGCAUGCCGACAGAGCCCAGCGUACCUGGUCCAGACGGGGUCAACAGUAACUGCGCCAUCUGUGGAGACAAGGCCACAGGGAAACACUACGGAGCGUCCAGCUGCGACGGCUGUAAAGGUUUCUUCAGACGCUCCAUCCGGAAGAGCCACAUCUACACCUGCAGGUUCAGUCGACAAUGCGUUGUUGAUAAGGAUAAGAGGAACCAGUGUCGUUUCUGCCGACUCAACAAAUGCUUCAGGGCUGGCAUGAAAAAAGAGGCGGUCCAGAAUGAGCGGGAUCGGAUCAGCUCCAGAAGGAGUAUUCCUGAUUCCCAAGACAUUCCCCCCAUCACAACUCUAGCGCAAGCAGAAUCCCUGUCUCAACAGAUCACGGCUCCAGUUGUUAUAACAGACCUGUCGGAGCAGAAAUCGGCCACCAUCAGCGACGUGUGUGACUCCAUGAGACAGCAGCUGCUGGUUCUAGUGGAGUGGGCCAAAUACAUUCCUUCGUUUGGGGAACUUCCACUGGAUGACCAGGUGAGCCUGCUGAGGGCACAUGCGGGUGAACACCUUUUGCUCGGGGUUGCCAAAAGGUCAAUGGCUUUCAAAGACUUCCUGCUCUUAGGUAAUGGUUGCGUGAUCCACAAAAACAGCCCCGAACCUGAACUCUGUCGAGUUGCCAACCGAGUCCUGGACGAGCUGGUCCACCCGUUUCAGGAGAUCCAGAUAGACGACAACGAGUACGCAGCUCUAAAGGCCAUCGUCUUCUUUGACCCAGAUGCAAAGUCUUUGCGAAACCCCUCCAAGAUCAAGGCUGUCCGUCAGCAGGUACAGAUGAGUCUGGAGGACUACAUUAAUGACAGACAGUAUGACUCCAGGGGUCGUUUUGGAGAGCUGUUACUCCUGCUGCCCACCCUGCAGAGCAUCACAUGGCAAAUGAUCGAGCAACUCCAGUUCAUUAAGCUCUGCGGCCUGGCCAAGAUCGACAACCUGCUGCACGAGAUGCUGCUGGGAGGUUUCAACACAGAGCCGACACACUUGCACCACUCGGCACACACCCAGCUGGCUCAAGACCCUGUGACUGGACACACGUUGGUCAUCAGCAGCAUGCCGAUCACACACUCCACGCAGAUUUCUUCUCCAGACACUCCCAUCCCAUCACCUCCACAGAGCUCAUCCACCGAGAUCUACAAACAUUUCUCACAGUCUCUCUGUCCUCCAGCCAGCCCCUCACCGUCCACACAAACAGACCACUGACCUCGCUCUCAGCUGCAGCUUUGCCACCUCGAUUUCUGCUGCAGAAGUCUGAAUGAAUCAAAUGGUGGCGUGUUUAACAAAUCUCAUACAGCAAUAACACUCUUCUGAUCAUGUGCAGUGGACAGACUCAAUAGAGGGAGGGCGGAGGGGCGAUAAGGGUUUUGUGAUUUUAAUUUUGAUUUAGUUUUGCAUGACAUUGUACUGAUAUAAAUAUUUUUGAAAAAUGAAAUGCUCUUUUAACCACAUUGUAAAUAUUCUGAAAAAUGUAGCUUCACUUUUUUUUUUUUUUACAUUUGUAAAAGUAUAUUAGCUUUUGAUCACUGCCUUAAGUUAAGAAAAAAUAAUACAUUUGAUAAGCAUUUUGAUUGAAGUAUAAUAUGAAUUAAAAGAUGAUUUAAGAAAAGAAAUCUUGCUUGUUUUGGAUGAGAAUUGGAGGAGUGGGCAACAAUAUUAAAAGCAGCUAAGAGAGAGAAUGUAUACUGAUGUGCAACAAGAUGAUGAGCACUUUUGUGACGUGGUCCAAGGAAGGAAAAUCUGGUGACAUCUGAUCUGGUCUGUGGAAAACAGACUUGUCAUUCACUCUGAUCCAACAGACAAGUCCGACUGUGGUGAAUAUCGGUGUUGACUUGGGGGCUCCAUGGGAGUGCACUGAAAAAUGUCAAAUGAAUAAGUAAAUCCACACAAUAAUGAUGAUGAUAAUAAUACUAAUAAUA